GUCAGAUGAACUAGUGUACGCGAGGCAACACCCGAACACCUCAUUGCAGGAACAAUUAUCAAGGCCUAUUUCUCAGAAAGGACAUUGGACCAAAGCAAGCUGAGAUGCCGACGGCGUGUAUCCGUCAGCAAGGGGGGCCUGCAAGCGUUAUCGAGCUUCCCCAGCUCGCCCAGCCCAGACCCAGUCAAAUCACUGUGGACCUUCCAUCUUGAUCUUAGCUCCACGAAGCUCUUGUGGGUGCUGAUCGUGAUCAACACUCUCAAGGCCCGAGAUGCCCUCAUCUCUGGUGGUCUCCAUCAUACCCAAACUAAUGCAGCUUACAUGUCCCGACAUUAUUAUCGUGUGCUUGGUAAAUGCACCUGCCUGAUAUGAUCGAAGCCCGCCCUACCAUUGAGCUCGAAUCGCUGACGGCCUGUCUUAGUCCUAGCCCCAGCCCCUCGUAUUCGUCGUGAAUAAUAUUAUAGGUUCCGUGGUUUGACGUGCUUCUCUCCUGGUCUUAUUUUCUAGCUGUCUGUCCGUUGUUCGGGAGAGUCUUCAUACUGACCAUCAAUAUCGUGACAAUGGUUGGGUAUAGGCAGGUUUUGGGCCUGUUCGGCCUUGUGUCGGCCGCUCAAGCACUGCAGAGAUCAUCGCUGCCUAUUAGCGAGCUCAAGAAACAGAUCCGAGACCCUUAUAAGCUCCGCGCUCGAGAUGUCGACCCUGCGUUACUCUACCCAGAGUAUAACCUCUCGACGCCCAUUGAUCACUUCCACAACGACUCUCUCUACGAACCGCACACCGAUGGCAAGUUCAACCUGCGUUAUUGGUUUGAUGCCAAGUACUAUAAGCCCGGCGGCCCUGUGAUCGUCUUGUGUGGUGGUGAAACGGACGGAGAAGGCCGACUCCCAUUCUUGCAGAAGGGUAUUGUGUACCAACUUGCGAAGGCGACAAACGGUUUGGGCGUCAUCCUAGAGCACCGAUACUACGGCUCAAGUAUUCCAACCAAAGACUUCAGCACGGAGAACCUCCGAUUCUUGACCACCGACCAGGCCCUUGCCGACACCGCCUACUUUGCCAACAAUGUGAAAUUUGCCGGCCUGGAAGACGUAGACUUCAAUCCCAAGACGACGCCAUGGAUUGCUUACGGUGGUUCUUAUGCCGGCGCAUUCGUCGCUCUUCUGCGAAAACUGUAUCCUGAUGACUACUGGGGCGCAAUCUCAUCCUCGGGUGUGCCAGAGGCUAUUUGGGAUUACUACAAGUAUUUCGAGGCCGCUGCCGUUUACGGCUCCCCUGCUUGCGUCGAGUAUACCCAGAAGACCACCGACAUCAUUGACAAGAUCCUCAUCGGCAAGAAGGGCAGCAAGUACGUCGGGCAGCUGAAGAAUGUUUUCGGACUUCCCAACGUCACCCACGAUGGCGAUUUUGCGAGCACCAUCAACGGUGGUAUCUAUGGUCUUCAGAGCUAUAACUGGGACCCCACGCAAAGCUCCGACGAAUUUUUCGACUACUGCGAUAUUGUAGCCUCCGACAAGUUAAAGUACCCCAAGACCGAGUCCCUGAGAGAGUCCGUCAAUGAGCUUAUCACAGUCGCUGGCUAUGGUGAUGAAAUCGAUACUCUAUCGAACCAUGUGCUGAAUUAUGUCGGUUACUACCUUCCUCGAGGUGCCGCUUGUGGAAAUGAAGACCAGGAUGAGUGCUUCAGCACAUUCGACACAGAGUUCUACAGCCAGGAUAACAUCGCCCAGUCGUGGCGUCUAUGGCCAUACCAGUACUGCACACAAUGGGGUUAUCUCCAGACCGGUAGCGGUGUUCCCGAAGGCGAAUUGCCCUUGAUCUCUCGCACCAUCGACCUAGAGUACUCCUCUGUGAUCUGCCGCGACGCCUUCAACAUCACCAAGCCAGCCGACACCGAAGCCAUCAACAAAUACGGUGGUUUCGACCUCAGCUACCCGCGCCUCGCCUGGGUCGACGGCGAGUGGGAUCCAUGGCGUGCGGCCGGCGUCCACGCAAUCGGCCUCCCUGAACGCGAGUCCACAACCUCGGAACCCUACAUCCUGAUCGAUAAAGCCGUGCACCACUGGGACGAGAACGGCCUAUUCCCCAACGAGACGACUGCUGAGCUCCCUCCCGCCCCGGUCGUCGAAGCCCAGAAGGAGGAAGCCGUCUUUGUCAAGGCGUGGUUGAAGGAGUUCAAGAAGGAGCAUAGCCACUGUAAAAAAGAGCGAUAAGUUCUGCCUGGUGUUGUGGUGAGUUUACUGAUGAAUCUUUGUAGAUACCGUAAGCGAGCCUGAUGAGCUCUGAUGAUCUAUGAAUUGGAUAUUAGGGUUAUAGGGAACUUUGAUUAAUAAUUGAUGUAAUCCUUUGGCGAUGCUGACUGUCACGCUUGAAGGU